AAUUGUUCCUGCCCGGGGUCCAAUUACAGCAGGACAAAGCCGUGUUUCCAUGUUUCCUCCCGAGCGGAAACAUCGGCGUCUGGUCGAGCUAAAUGGGAGUUACUGGUCCAGUAAAUUAUACUAGUCACGCCAACAGUCUUUAAAAAAUUUUUUCCGUAAAUUGCAUUUUGUGUGCGUUGCUUGUAUUGUGCUAACUGUGAAAAAAGACCAACAAAAAACGUGAGUAUAAACAUUUACUCAAAUGCCGCACGAUGGGCCUGAUUUAGUUUAGCCAUUUUUUACAUCACAUUCGCCGGAUUUAGAUUCCAGAAAUGGCUAGCAAUAGCCGCGUAGACAUGGAUCCUGAUGUUGCCCGGAGGCUGUUUGAGGAUGGGGCCACCCUGGUGUUGCUGGGUGUCCCUCAGGGCACAGAAUUUGGCAUUGACUGCAAUAGUUGGCAGGUUGGUCCCCGUUUUCGGGGUGUGAAGAUGAUCCCCCCCGGCCUGCACUUCGUAAACUACUGCUCCGUCAACCCACCGAGCUGUGGAGGGGAAGUUGGCCCAAAAACAGGCAUGUUUCUCAGUCUCCAACCGAGAGACAUCCUGUUGGCUAACUGGGACCCCAAAGAAGAGGAUCUGGACUUCUCUGCCUCCCAGAAUGAGGAAGAAGUAAGCAGAGUCCGAGCGAAUCUGCAGGAUCUGGACCCGUACCUCGGACCUUAUCCUUAUGAGUUGAUGAGGAAGUGGGUGUCCCUCACGGACCAUCUGAGUGAGGAAGUGGCCAAAAGCUUGCAGCCCCUCUCAGGUCGAGUACGCGCCUACAGCGACGUUGUCCCCGAGGUGGACUUCAGGCACACCAAGGACCGGGCCCAGCAGCCCAGGAACGACACCGCCUGCCAGACGAUGAAGGAGGGACUGGACAGGCUCCCCAAGAUGAAGCAGAGGGAGGGGACCCAGUUGCGCUUCUCUGUCAUCCCAGAUAAGACUUACCCACCCGGUGCCACUCCCGCCCAGAUCACGCAGUGCAGCCUGGACUUCACGUAUGCCUUGGAGUCUGUGCUUGACAAGAACCACAAGCAGAAUCCUCUAAACCUGCUCGGUGAGCUCCAGUUUGCCUUUGUGUGUUUCCUGUUUGGAAACGUGUACGAGGGCUUUGAGCACUGGAAGCGCCUUCUCAGCCUGCUCUGUCGAGCCGAGGUGGCCAUGCGGAAGCACAAGGAGCUCUUCCUCGGGCUCAUCGCCGUGCUCUACCACCAGCUGGGGGAAAUCCCUCCGGACUUCUUUGUGGACAUCGUGUCUCAGAGCAACUUCCUCACGUCUACACUGCAGGACUUUUUCCAGUUCGCCAGCGGGCCUGGAGUGGAUGGAGCGCUCUGCAAAAGAGCGGAGAAGUUCAAAGCUCACCUGACCAAAAAGUUUUCCUGGGAUUUCGACGCAGACUUGGAUGAUUGCGCCCCGGUGGUGGUGGACCUUCCCGAGGGUUUUACAGUGGACUGACUUCUCGCUCAUUGGAAGUUGGGCCAAACUUGAUUCCUGGAUGAGGUUCUAAAUCCAUACUGUCACUGCUCUGGGAAGUAUUUAUCAAACUAACCCUUCUUAAAGCCACGGGAGUCGUAGCAACCCCCCCAAUCAUCAUAAACAUCUGUUUAAUAGCAAUUUAAAGGGAGAAAUUCUGUCAAUGUGACAGUGGGAAAAGUUUCCAUUGACACCUGCCUGGCUCCCGUUGUAAACUCUGAGACGCUUGGCUGGUGCGGAGGACAUUUGGCCUGGAGAGCCACUUAACGUACCUUUUGUGAAUCAAUGUUAUUAAUAAGGCAUGAAAGCAACUCUGGGUCCUGGACAAGGUCAGUUGUCUACCAUUUAUCAGAACUUACAUUUAGAUUUCUACAAGUGAUGGAUUGACCAUGUGAGCAGUGUGAUGAAUCCUGUAAAAUUGAGCUCUCGUGGGGAUGUUAUUAUUAUUAUUAUUAAUUUAUUUAUUGGAUUCACAUUUCUCCGCCCCAAAGGCAGUUGAAUGCGAAAGAUUUCACACAGCAGGCAGCCUGAGCUGUGUGCUCUGAACUGGUUUCCAAAAUGAAUUCAAAAUACGAUUCAUAUUUUUUUUUACAAUGCGCUAUCAUAACUUAACAAAUGUGAAACUGUCAUGUUUCAUCAUUAACAAUGGGAAAUAAAUGUAAUGUUUAUACACAUGGAUUUGUUAACCAGGCCAUUUGAAAUAGCACAAAACAAUUAAGAUGUUUUUUUGGUCCUGAUUUUGAAAUAAUGAAAAAUAGAAUUCAACAGCACCAGGGGUCAAAGCAUCCUUGUUGCCCUGAUUCCAACCUUGACCGUGUCCACAGACUUAAAAAAAAAAAAAUCCAUCUGUCAUCGUUGACAUGACAUGAUUUGGGGCAGAAUUCCAAUUUUUAUUAAAAUGUACUAUUUUUUGUUGUUGUUUAUCAUUCAUG